UCCGCGCGCGGGUCUCAGGACUGGGUUGAUACCUCAACGUUUCAGUUCCGAUUGCUGUGGCCGAAUUGACGGUAUCGACACCGGCAAGCCCCUGAAACUCGAGUGUAGCACAUGUGGAGGGCAGCCUUGAGCGACGUUUAUAUCAGAAGAAGCCAGUCCAUGUUUAGGAAGUUCACUUGACACUGGAACUUACAAUACUUCAAUACCGGUGUCGUAUCCUUGGCACCAUGUCUAUCCCUAACAGGGAAGAAGCGAAUGAUCUGAUCCGAAAACUAGCAACUGCGGCCGGAUGGAUUUCACCUAAACGUCGAGAAGAAGCUCAAAAAGAUUUCGCCGAUCUUGUGGCAAUUAAUGACGGGCUUAGACAAACUGCCUGUAAAUGUGCAGAAGCAAUCUCUCACAAUAUGCACUCCAAUGCUAUCCGGUUCGUGUACGAGUUAGUCCAGAACGCGGAGGACAGUAGCUACACUACUGCCGCUAAAAUUGGGGAGUUUCCUCGUCUCUCACUCGCCGUUUCGGCCAGCAGAAUUCAGAUUGAGUCCAAUGAGGAUGGAUUCACUGACAAGGACAUUGAAGCAAUCUGCGGGAUUGGCCAAAGCACUAAGAAAGGGAAGAUUGGUUAUGUGGGAGAAAAAGGUAUCGGGUUCAAAUCAGUCUUUGGAGUUUCCCGCAAGGUCCAUAUCGAGUCUGGACACCUCUCGUUUUCCUUUGAGUAUAACCAGGGGCUUCCGGAUGCUGGGCUUGGAAUGAUAACUCCUCUCCUUGAACCCCCAUCUGGAUUGCCACCAGGCGUUCGGACCCGCAUAAUUCUUUAUCUGAAUGACGAGAUUGACAAGGACGCGCUUCUUCGCGAGUUUGAUGAGCUUCCGGACACUCUGAUUCUGUUUCUAAAGAAGCUGAAGCAGCUUUCAAUUUCCAUUGAUAGGUUGAACGCUCCUGUCAAGAAAACAUACAGACUGGUGGCCAAAGAAAACGAGGCCCAUAUCAUCCGAACCAUUGGAAAGGAGACCGUUCAUCUCAAAUUCCUGUUUGCGAGGAAGAAGAUCACCGAUAUGCCAGGAGAAGUAGCAAGACAAGGUAUUACUAGUGCAAUGAUGCGUUUGGCCUUCCCGGUCAGUCAGGAUGAUAUACCAAUCGUUGAAGAUCAGUAUACAUUCGCUUUUCUUCCUCUCCAGAAAGAAGGUUUCAAGUUUCUCAUCCAAUCCGAUUUUGUCACACAGGCAAGCCGUGAAAACGCGGUUGAUUGUCCUUGGAAUCAGCGGCUUCUGGAUGAAGUUGUCAAUGUAUUCUUGGACGCAGUUCCCUCUCUCUUCCACAAUCGGGGCCCCCUAAAGUAUUCCUGGGUUCGCUAUCUUGGCUCGAAAGGAGUGUCCGGCAAGUUUUGGGCCCGGCUUCAGAGCCAACUCUUCAUCAGGUUUACGAAUCGCCCUUGUUUCAUUCCGUUGGGGGACAACGGUACCAGAUUUGCUAGCUCCUUGAGGCUAGUACCGGCGGCUUUGAAGGACCUUUCAAAUCAGCCUCUGUUAUCCGAGUGCAACUGCUCUCCAGCUCACGUCGCGAGCCGCUAUGUCUCUACAGGUUAUGAUUACGUUCUUGAUAUCCCGAUUCUUCGAAGGCUCGGCCUCGAAACAUUAUCCCUCCGCGAGUUCGUUGCUCUCUUGCGUUGUGACUUGGCAUCCAAAUGCAAUUCCCGUCUGCGCACGACGCCAGCGGAAUCACAAUGGCAUAAACUUCUCUCGAGGUCCUUGCUUAAAGCUAUAGAUACCUCACAGGAACUUAAAAGCGUCCUAAAAGAACUCCCAUUGCUACCGACUCUCAGUAGCGAGCGAUGGGUUUCACCAUCCAAAGGAGCGAUAUAUUUUCCCGAUUGUGGUGGCAUCGAUGUUCCACGGGAUCUUCCAUUGACUUUGAUUAGCCCGCAGACUGUUAUCGAUGGCGAAAGGCGAAAGCUGUUCCGAUGUCUAGGAGUAUUGGAAUGCUGUCCUGCGGAUAUUUUCCCACUCCUCGAAGAGGCUUGUAAGAAGGUCCGCUGGACUCUUGACAAUGCCGUCGACCACCUCAAGUUCAUGUUUUGGCACCACAGAGACCUGCCGCUUUAUGAAAAAAAGAAAACGAAGAAAAUCGAGGUACUUGUGAUGAGUACAGAUUUGGCUAAGUCUGGCCUUGAUCCCUUGACUGGAUGGUGGUAUAGCCCGAGCAUCGAGGACCCAUGCAGUGCGGCGAAUGUCAUCCGUCAUCCUCUCCCGGAAAAUUUGACUAGAUAUGUGCGCUUUUUACAUCCCCGAUACUAUGAAGUAUUUGGAGCUUGCGGACGGAGACAUGAGAAGACAGGAGUCGAAUGGUUGGAAGGAUUUCUUCAUGUCAAGUCGAUACCGCAGCCCAGGGCCCGAGGUCUUGAAUCGAUGUCUGAGGAGUUCAAAUACCUAGCAAACGCGCAUCCAAGCCUUCUCCGGGUGCUAGAGCGGCAUCAAGCCGAUGUUGCCCAUGACGAUGCUUGGAAAGCAGAGUUCAUGAAGAUCGCUCGAAUUCCGAUACCCUAUUCGGAUGACCUCCCACCUUUGACCUCAACAUAUCUGCCUCUUCCUGGGUUAAAAGCCAUUGUUGAAAGACUCGGACUGCAGAGCCGUUUCAGAUUCAUUAAAGAGCUUGAUGGAAAGGAGGAUGAGGACCUGGACCAAUGGCGUUUCUUGUCUAAUUUCGGUGUGCAACACCAAGAAGAUUUUUACUUCUGGUUAUUGUUAUUGAGGAAAGCUCGCGAAAAGAAGAACCCGGGAUACCUUGCAAUGGCGGAGAUAUACUCUCGCCUGCAAUAUUUCGGCUGUGGAGAGAAUUGUCGACUCAGCCUUCAAGUAAUCUUUGGCACUCGAGGCGAGGUCUUGGAUUUGUCAGACAAGGUGAAAGAGACUCUCAGGGAUUUAUCAGACCGGGAUUAUAUCUUCGUCCGUGAGGGAAAAUGGGCCCUCCCAAGUGCCUGCAGAUGGACGACUCCAACUUGGUACCGGAAUCGACACAACCUCUCCCAACUCCCAGGAUAUGCCUCCCUCAGGACGUUGUUCGUAGACUAUCUUCAAGUUCAGACUGAGCCAGAUAUCAAUGAUAUCCUGAGUUAUAUUCGCGCCCUGAAAAGCCGCGGUAGUCUGGAAAGAAUCACUCAAAUCCUCAAACUUCUAUACGACCGGCUCCAUCUGCUUAACCGAGAAGGGGACUUUACGGAUACCAUUAGAUCCCAUUUUAAAUCCGAGAAACUUGUCUACAACUUCCAAAACCAAGCAUGGUAUAGUCCAUCGUCCUGCAUCUGGGCUAUCGGCACCAUGCGUCUCCCUGAGAAGUUUUCUGUUGCCACAGAGUACUCAAAUCAAGAAUUUUUUUUCCGGAUAGUUCUUGACGUUGAAGAACCUAAUCUCGCGCUGUACAUUGAAGCCUUGAAGUGGGAUGCAGCUGGAGCACCGAAUCGCGAUUCGAUGAAGCAGCUUAUGCGGAACGUCUCUCAAUUCAGUCCUACCAGUAGCGAUUUGGCAUCUCUCAUUGAUAGCAAAUGCUUUCCCGUUCGUUAUUCGCACGGAGCGCUGGCUUGGGUAAGUUCUAGAACGGACUUCGCCAUCAUUGAUCGAGAAGAAUACGAAACACUCUUCCGGAGACACCUUACAACUUUGGAUUUUUCAAAAGAAGAAGUUCACGAACUGGAGGCCUUUCUCGUCGGCUUCGGUCUUCGAGUGCGAUACCUCUCCACUACCGUCACAACUCAGACAACGGCUUCCAGAGGUUCGUUCGAUCCCACAAUGACCAUAAGGCUGAGUCACAGGGCAUACGCUAUCUGUCGGUAUGCUGCGCAUGCACGGUGCGCUGCAGUUCACAACAACCCAGCCGCAUGCUUUGAGAAGCUUCGGAAUAUAUCCGUGCUGACUAGUGAGCACUUCUCAAAGACACUCACUACAUACCAGGGUGAUAAUCCAAUCACCGUCGAUUCUGACAAGGCCUUUUGCCACUUGGAAGAUGGAGAUGAAAAGGAUGCGAGAGCUAAAAACGACUGGGGAACUGGCUUUCGACAAUCAAUCGGUCUGAGAGUAUACAUCCCAAGCGAUCCUCAGCUUCGGGCACGAUGCCUUUUGACUCACCUCCCUCAAGCUAUCUUAGGCCACUUCAAGGCACCGAAUAGCGCGAUUGGAGAAUUUGGCAGCAUAAUCUCCGCUCUUACACUUGCAGAUGUUGACGAAAUUCUAGACUUCGCCGGAGUCAUUUCACUCCCAGGAGUGAACCGGCCUGACGAUAUUGAUUUAGAUAUCUCCCAAUCAGAUAACAACGACGUUCCGAUGUCCCAGUUGCCCGAACAUGCCGAAUUCCUGAAGCCAGUUGCGUCCAUUCGACCCGACUUCAUCUCGACUAACCUAGGCAGCGGACGCUUAGCAUCUCAAAGCAAUCCUGGAAGCCUCCAAAAUCCGACUUUGACCCCUCCGGCGUCAAUCUCCAGUCCACCGGCUGCCGAACAAGAUUCUCUCCACUACGCGAGUCUUCUUGGUGUAAUCGUCGACCUCGCUCGUACCAAGUCGGAAUUUCCACGUGUUGGCAACUGUUUGACUGUAUCGGAUGGGCAUUAUCUCUCCAAACCGGAGGUAGAUGAGGCCGUGAGUGGUACUCAGAGAGAUUCCAAAGUUGGAGCGGCUGGAGAACUAUUUGUGUAUGAGUGGCUGAUGAGUUUUCCGUUGCUGGGAUGUGAUCUUGAUGAUUGGCAGUCAAAAAUUCGAGAUCUCGUUCAGCCACAUGGCGAUUACACAGCCAUCAAGAAAUGGAAACACCUCGAAACCUCGGACAUAGUCUACGAAGACCACACUGGGAGCCUUACCUUCUGUUUGAUCAAAUCUGGCUAUCUUCGAUCUGAUGUAUGGUCUGACAAGCGGCCAAGGUACCACAUCGAAGUGAAGGCGACGACAAGCAGUCUCACCACACCUCUUUUCGUUAGCCGCAAUCAGUACAAACUCAUGGCAGACUGCGUACUUCCAGAAAACUCAGCGUCUAGGAAAGUAUACGUCCUCGCCCGAGUGUUCAACCUUGGCCAGUUGGACAUGGGGAUGAAGUUGUAUGUUGAUCCGACUCGGCUGGAGCGAGAAGGAAAACUGCGAUUCAGGGUACAUAAAUAUGAGAUGACAGAAACAUCCGGAACUUGAAGGGUUCUGUAUAGUCUAGUUUAGUCUUUGAGUCUUUUCAGCAUCGAUAGAUGGCCAACAUAUUUCUCAUCAAUGUCGGAUCGGCCGGAGCGUAAACCAGUUUGUUUCGGGUAACGGCACCAUUGUACUUGCAAUGAUGAUCUAAUAGUUACGUUCUA